AUGGCCGAGCUCGACGACGACGUCCUCAUGGCCCGCAUGCUUGCGCGAGGCCUCCGCGAGCGCGGGGACGAGGACGGCGCCGCGCCCGUCGGCCGGCCGAGGGCGCCGCUGCUGCCCCCGCGUGUCCGAGGCCACCUCGGCAGUGCGCCGACCCUGGCGCCGUCUCCUUCUUCGACGCAGCGCUGCAAGGCAGACUGGCCGGCCUGCUUCCGCGAGUCCACUGCUCCGCAGGAGGCGAUCAUCGGGACCCUGCAGGAGCUCCUGCGCGUGGCCAGCGAGUUCCCCCUGGAGCCCAUCACCGUUGACAUGCUGGACAGCGCCUUGGCGCAUACCUCGGCCAGCAAGGCCAAGGGUAUCGACAACUUGGCAGCGUCGGCCUCGGGGGGCGACAGCGUGCUGGGCGUUCUCGCCACGGUCGCCAAGACAUGGUCGAAGGCCAGGUCCACCGCCACUGACCGCUGGGCGGAGGCCGAGCACCACUGGUGGGACGCUGCCAUCAAGGGCUCGUCGGCCUUGAGGGCCGCCAUCGUGCGCUUCAUGAUGGACGAGACGGCCCUCGCCAUGGGCUUUGCACGCUGUGGGCCGUUCGUGGAAAACGCGGUCGCCGGGGCCGAGGGCGCGCAGGGCAGCUCGCGGUCCACCAUCCUCGGCGCGUCGGUUGCGCUCAAGGAGGGCCUCGACCCGCAAAACUUGACUGUGUCGGGCAAGACGGCCCCCAUGUCAAGUCAUCCUGCAUUGGGCCGAGAGCUCAGCAGAGCCCUGCAGCGCAGGGGCAUCCCGUGCCAGGCCGCCGUCGCCGCCGUCGACAUCGGCGUCGACGUGGCAGCUGGAAGGAGGAGGCCGCAGCGCAGGACGGAGGCCAGGAAGAAGGCGGCGCAUUCCAUGUCCAGGAGGAUCGCCAGGAUGCGGAAGCAGGUCCGCCUCAGCAGGCUGACGAAGGCGCUUUGGUCCACCGCCGCCCAGCCAAAGGCCGCGCGCGGGCGCCAGGCGCUCGGGCUGGCGCCGAUCGCGCUGUUGCGCCUGAGGAGGUCGGCGGCCGCGUCCGCUGCUGCCCGCGGGCCAGACAGGUGCCUCGCCGGCCUCCUCGGCGCCCUGCGCGGGGGCGAGGGCCCCGCCAUCGAGUCAAGGGCGUUGACGCGGACGUGGGUGGGCGCGUCGGCGGUGGAAACGGAGCUCAUCCUGGCGGUCAAGAAGCAGCCCUGGUCCAAGGCCAGCAGGCACCGCCAUGGGGCCGACCUCCGCGACGGCGCUGACGCGCGCGGGGUCCUCCGCGAGCAGCGCCGCUUCAUGGCCAAGGGCAUGCUGGACUCCUGCAGCCAGAACCUCAUUGUCAUCGCGGGGGGGUUAGUGGCCUCGGGCUCGCCAGGCCGGGGCGGGGCGCCAGCGCCGAGGUUCAAUCGGGACGAGGCCGACCGAGGCGUCAAGAUCGGCCUCGACGUCGAGGGCUGCCGCGACGAAUGCUGGCACGCGCGCGGGGACGCCGCGGCCGUGCGCGCGGCACGCCACCACGACCCGCUGGCGCUCGGGCACCUCGGGCAGCUCUUCCAGCCCGCGGAGGACGCGGACCGGAUGCUGCAGCAGGCCAUCGAGGCGAGCCGUAAGGCGCACCUCGUCGCCGAGCUGCCGCGCGAGAAGUACAACCCGGACUGCCACCAUGACCUCCAGGAGUGUGAGCUGUGCUUGGUAGAGUACGAGGUUGGUGAUGAGCUGAUGAGGCUGCCUUGCAUGCACCUCUUUCACAGCGCCUGCGUGGCACCCUGGCUGCAGAAGGCGAACAGCUGCCCCGUCUGCCAGACGGACACCCUGGAG